AUGUCGCACCAUCAGCACCCGCCAGAACGCCGGGAACCGCGUCGCCGACGCACGCACUCGAGCCAAGCCGGUUCAAGUUCACAAUCUGUCUCGCGCAGGUGGACUUUUAACCCGGAUGGGACCCAAGCCAAACUCACCGAAGGCGUGGUUCAAGAGUACUUCUCCUGCUAUCGGGGUCUUACUUGGGUGAAGCUGAGGGGCUACUUGGAAAAUAAGUGGCCGGGCUGGAACUUUACGGAGACAAAGAUAAGGGAUUAUUGGGUAUUUGAUGCUCCAGGCCAUCUCACAGAGGAAGACCGGUCCAACAUUGCCGCGAUGAGGGAUGCCAACAGGCAACGCAGACCAUCAGUUUCCGACUCGGAAUGA